AUGUGCUCUAUAAUUCAGCGCGUCAUCGUUGCCUGUAUAACUCCCCGAUUCUACAAAUAUAUCCUAUGGGAGAAGGAAGAAAAUAAGAUAGCCAGCGAAGUAACACUAGCUCAACUUCUAAAAAGACACCAUAGGAAGAAAAUAAGAGAAGACGCCGUAAAGAAACCCAAACAGAACAAGAUUACCACAGGAACAAGGAAAUAA